CUCGCUCCGGUGCAGCCCCGCCAUGGCGGGCGGCCCGGCCGCGCUCGCCCUCGGUGUCCUGCUGGCCGCGUGCCACGCGCUGGACAACAGCACGGCCGGCCGGAGCGCCCCGGUGGCGGCGGCGGUGAGGUCGCACUUCAACGAGUGCCCCGACUCACACCGGCAGUUCUGCUUCCACGGCACCUGCCGCUUCCUGGUGCAGGAGGAGAAACCCGCCUGCGUGUGCCACUCGGGCUACGUGGGGACGCGCUGUGAGCACGCUGACCUGCUGGCCGUGGUGGCAGCCACCCAGAAGAAGCAGACCAUCACGGCCCUGCUCGUGGUGGCCGUGGUGGCCUCGGCCCUGCUCGUCACCGUCUGCGUGCUGGUCCACUGCUGUCGCCUGCGGAAGCGCUGGCCCUGGCCCUGUCCCCAUGUCCCCUGUCCCGGUUGGUGCCGCGAGCCCGGAGCCGGCCCCGAGAAACCGGGGGGGCUGCUCAAGGGGGGAGCGUCCUGCUGCCACAGCGAGACAGGUGUGUGACAGACCCGGGACCACCUGGGGACACCCUGGGGACACCUGGGGACCCCCCCAGCACCGUCCCCUCCCCCCUUCGGAUCCUUUUUGGGGCGUUUUCCCCUUUUCCUGCCGUUUCCCCGGGUUCUCCCUCGACUUUUGGGUCGUUUUCCCGGGAUUUUUUCAAACCCAAAUAUUUGGGAUUUUUGACCCAAAACCCCCCGCCAGGAUGGGGAUUUAUUUUUCUACAGAAAAAAAAA